AUGAAGCUGUUUGCCAUUCCUUUUCUGUGUGUGGUAUCGAUCGGUGUGCAAACGGUUGGUGCGAAGCUGUUGUACAAAAAUGUGGAAACGUUUGACUUUGGUAAUGAGCUGGAAAACAACAACGAUGAGCAGGGCAAGUCUCGAUCGAACCGUACCCAGGAACGCAUCAAUCUCACCGUGCCAGGCACCAAGUGGUGUGGACCAGGUAACACUGCAAGUGAUUAUGAGGAUCUUGGCUCGAACUCUGAAGUUGACAUGUGCUGCCGCGAUCACGAUCAUUGCGAUAAUAUCCCAGCCGGUGAAACCAAAUACGGACUAAAGAAUAACGAUUACUUUACGAGACUACACUGCAAAUGUGAUCGCGACUUCCAAAACUGUCUGCGCCGAGUGAACACGACCUUCUCCAACAAACUUGGUAACUUUUACUUCACGGUGCGAGAUCAGUGCUACAAAAAGCAACACCCAAUAGUGGAUUGUGCAGAGCAUACAAACAAAAUUUUCCUUCGCCGCUGUGUACGCUACGUGCUGGACACCUCUCGCAGUGACAUGUGGCAAUGGUUCGAUCUACCAUUCUACGAUGGCAACAUGCUGGACGGAUUUUAAAGAAAAGGGAUAAAAAGUAAACGGGAAGCAUC